GCUACCAGUGGCAGUACAGACUCCGCUCACCCACAGAAGGUGAAUGUCUACACUUGAAUUACUUUAUUGGACCAUACGAAGACUUUGCACUCAGUCCCUCUCGGGAGAUGGACAGCAGAAUUAGACCCCUUGGCCUCGCCGCGCACUCCGCCAACCACCUCGGUGGUUUGCAGGUGCCUCAUUCCCUCCUGCGCCCUCCACCUCUCUUCCUCCGGGCUUGUAAUCCCCCGUUGGAGAGGGGAUACCCGCGCACCCCGAAGUGCGCCAGAUGCAGGAACCACGGUGUGGUGUCCGCGCUGAAAGGCCACAAGCGCUUUUGUCGCUGGAGAGACUGCGUGUGCGCAAAGUGCACGCUCAUAGCGGAGCGACAGCGCGUGAUGGCGGCGCAGGUGGCACUGAGGAGGCAACAGGCUCAGGAGGAGAGCGAGGCCCGGGAGCUGCGGCUGCUGUACUCCGGUUCGGGCAUCGGAGGAGCGGCAGGAAUCCCUCAGGGAUCACCUGUGGGCCCAGGCGGGCCUGCGACCACCAGCGGCACUCCAGCAGCUCCAAGUUUUGACGUUUUUGGAGCGGAAAACCCCAAAGAUGAUGACAAAUUGACUAAGUACAACAUUUACAACGGGCUCAUGGGUCGACCCCUCUUUGCACCCCACGGCACGCGGCUGCCGUCUCCAAAUGGCAACAAGGAGUCGUCUCCAAACAGGGACAACACGAGUUCAUUCAUUCAUGACAGUGCAAGUUCCUCCCCGGUGUUCGACCAGCGCUCUGACCACACAGAGAGCCCGCACAGGUCGCUCUCCUCCGACCCGGAAUCAGGGAGUGAGAUGGACAAACCCAGCAGUGACUACCCGAGUCUGGAGCGCGACCCCACCGACAUCAUGGCCAAGAUUUUCCCCCAUCAGAAACGGGACACACUAGAGUCUAUGGUGAGAACGUGCAAGGGGGACAUUGUCAAAUCCAUUGAACUGGUGUUGAGCUCGAAAGAGAACAAAUUCGAUUCGGAAAGCUCCAAUCAUCAAAGCGCGCUCAGGCCUUCUGUCGGGUUGCCCGGUGCGCUCGGUACGCUCGGUGCAUUGGGGAGCAAAUCAGCCUUCUCCCCGCUCCACAUGCCACCUACAGCCGCAGGGGGAGAGAGUCUGUACGGGCUCAGUCCUCGCCUAGGUGUCAGUCCUUUGCGGUUGGCAUAUUCAUCCUCAAACGGCAGUUUGGCAGGUUUUAUGUCACCAUACAUGACAUCCGGACUGAUGCCAGUGUUUCCACUGCGUCCACCCUUGGACUCAUAUUCUUUCCCAGGCAUGAUACGUGACCUGUCUUACCUCCAGAGCAAAGAGUCACUCCGCAACACAGCAGCAGGCCUGUACACACGGCUGAGCAGUGAGAAAUGACAGAAUGAAAAAUCAACACGUGAAAAAAAAAGUUAUUUUCUAUAUUGUAUUUGUAGAUUUACCUUUUUACAUUGCAUCCCCAUGGUUUUCUGUACUGUACAUAUUGUAAAUAUUGUUUAUUGAUAAUAAAAGAUGAAAGAAAGUCAUAA